CUGUUCAUUUACAGAUUUAUUCAGAAAGAUGGAAACAACAGGAAGCUGGGUGAACAUGUUUGAUAAUAUGACAUCGACGCAAAAUAGUGGAUCAUACAAUGUCACAGCAGAUUUAAUGGCGACAGAAGAUGGCGAUCCGACUAAAAGAUUCAUAAAAAAGACAUCAGACAUACUAAUGAUUGUCAUUUUAGCCGUAAUAAUGAUGUCGCUCGGUUGUACCAUAGAAACUACAAAACUACUGCAGCAGAUAAAGAAACCAGUUCCUGUCAUUAUUGGAAUGGUAUUGCAAUUUAUAGUAUAUCCGUUAACGGCAUUUGGAUUUGCACAUGCGUUUCAAUUGAAUAAGUAUGAUGCACUGGGAUUACUUAUUCUAGCAACCUGUCCUGGAGGAAGUUUAUCUAAUUUGAUUACUUUCUAUUCAUCCGGAGAUGUGUGUUUGAGCGUUUGCAUGACAACAGUUGCCACAACGGUUGCAAUAGGAAUGAUGCCAUUGAACUUGUGGGUGUAUUCCCGUAGUUUCAUUACAUCGACGCUUACUGUGCCAUACGUCAUCAUAGUCAUCUCCUUGGUUACGAUACUUGUUCCUGUAGCUAUUGGAAUGGUUAUAUUGAAGAAGCUACCAAAGCUCGCGACAUAUAUUUUGAAGGCUGGAGGAGUGCUUGGAAUGCUUUUCAUUGUAAUAGUACUUGCCAUAAAUAUGUAUCUGUAUCCCGGAUUGUUCAGUUCAGAUUGGAAAAUGAUUCUUUUAGCAAUUGUUCUACCGUGGUUUGGACUUUCUGUCGGAUAUGCAGGUUCCAGAAUUGCAUGUCUUUCUCACAAACAAUGUCGAACCAUCGGCAUCGAGGUAUCAUCGCAGAAUGUUGCCCUGUCAACGACUUUAAUAUAUUUAUCCUUUGAAACGGAUGAUGCAACAAAAAUAGUUGUCUUUUCUUUGAUCUUUGGAGUAUUCUCAGUUACUUCGCUUACAAUAUUCACUCUUCUCUACAGAAUAUACAUUAACUGUGUCACAAGAAAGAAGAAAUCGUUGAAUGAAAACGAAUCAAAGGAAAAGAAGGAAAAUAUUUACCAAAUUUCCAUAACAAUUGCUUCUCAAGAUUGAAAUGGGAAUUAAUAUGGUGUAUCAGACAUUUUGUAUAUCUUAUUUUGAAAAUUUACUUUUCUAUUUAUCAUCGUCAUAAAUGUGUACAGCCUAUUUUAUGUCGACAUCUUUCAGUGUAAAAUAUAGCUUGCAUAAAUAAGAUGUGGUAAAAAUUUCAAAGAGACAAUUGUCCGCCAGACACCAACGGACGAGGAUGUAUACAACGUUUUGAUUCUAUUCUGUAGCUACAAGACAUCUAUUCUUGCAUUAAAAUAUUUUAUCUUGGUGAAUUUUCUUUUUUUGUUUGUUUUACAUUUCUUGACAUUCCAAGAUGCAUUGGUGUUCAUCCCCUGUUUCUGAAAUGUCACUUAUUUCACAUUAACAAUCUUGUCAGUAAUGAUCCUUCAAAUACGUUUUAUCGGCAAUGA